CAGGCAUGGCAUAAGCCUCAUAAUCCGAAAUGUGGAAAGCAAGUCAGCGUUUUCCAGCGAAUUUCGUUAAUCAGACAGUGUAAAUGGACAUUUAAAACUUGUCUUGCUGUCGCCACUGAAAAGUCGACUCACAAGACACCGUUAUGUUUAGUCUGUCGACUAUGGUCCUGCCGUGAACCUGCUUUGCCAGCGCGUUCAGGAUUUGCUGCUUAAGUGAUGUCUCGACUCGUCAAAAAAUCUCCUUCUCUUUGUACGGAUCUACCACUGGACAACAGUGAUAUUUAUAACAAGCUUUUUUUGCUUUGGCAGCUUCUGAGAUCGUGCUUUGGUCCAACAGGUAGACUAAAACAAGUCCAUAACAACAUUGGAGGGCUCGUUGUAACCACCUCAACCUCCUCAGUUCUCCUUCCAGCCAUUUCCUCUUCACAGCCUUUCGUCAAUUUGAUAAAAACCUCUGUUCUCAACCACGUUUCUCGUUUCAGUGACUGUGGUUUGUUUGCUGCCAUUUUUUGUUUGUCUCUCAUUGAGCGAGCAAAACAGUCUGAUCUCAGAGGAAAUGUGGCUAUCAGAGUGAACAAGCACUUGCUGGGUCUGUGCACCGACUACCUGCAACGCGAAGACUGUGGCUGCAAAGUGAGCAUCGACUUCUGCAGCAGCCGUAACUUGAUCAAAUUAGCUCUCAGCAUUAUCUCCAGUAAACCAGCAUGUGUACUAACAGAGCCAGAGGCACUUCAUAUCAGCAAGUUGGCUGUACAAGCUUUUCUGCUGACUGUUCCCUGUAACAGCCCGGGUACAGUCAAACUUGGCAAAAUGGUGACUGUCUGUGUUGAAGGCCACUCGGUGCUCAGCUCUGCAGUGAUUCCAGGCUUACUGGUGGACAUACCUGAUGCCUUUUGCUUCAGCGAGAUAGAGAACAUGCAUUCAAACCCGCUGCACAUGGUGUUGUUCAGCGCAUCUCUUGCUGGGGACCUUUCUGAACUAGGAGAUGGUGUAAUUGAGGUGCACCCAGGUGUAGACACAGACUCACAGAUCCUGGAUCAGCUCCUGGAGCUUUGCAAACAGGUGGUUAAAGAUGAAGUGAAGCUUUUUGCUUGCCAGAAGGUCAUACACCCGGUCCUACAGCAAUACCUGAGGAGUCAUGGUGUUGUAGUGAUAGAGAGAUUGGGAAUCUCUCUCAUGGAGCCACUUACUCAGUUGACAGGUGCUCAGCCCGUGGCCACAUUACAUACCACAAUCCCAGCCAAGGCCUAUGGGAAGGUGAGCAAUCUCAGUAUCAGGCAGUUUGGAUCCAAGACAAUGCUGCAUUUACACCCUGCUGCGGAGUCAACGAUCUGUACGAUGAUCCUCUGCCACAGGAACGAGACAAUGUUAAGUGAGCUGAAGGUGGUGUGCCAGAAAUCAGAACACGUGUUGAGGCUCACUCUGAGGGAUCCCUUCGCCUUACUUGGAGGGGGGUGCACCGAAACCCACUUAGCUGCUUAUGUCAGACACAAGAGCACGACUGAAGUCUCAGAGACAUUACCAGCACUGGGGUGCUCACAGACUGAGUACCUUCUUGGCGUGGAGGGAUUCUGUCACUCUCUGGAGUCUACGGCUGCAGCGCUGGAGCACGACGGUGGAAAUUCUUUAAUCGACCUAACUUAUGCUCACCACUGGACUCUCCCUUCUGAAGACCGCAUGGAGGACAGCUUGGGCUUCUGUGGCUGUGGAUUGGUGGAAAAUAGCCCAGAUAAGAAGUGGACUUAUUUAAAUACUAAGUACUCACAUUUCUCCCCUGCAACACCAUCUGCAGACACUACUGUGCAGCCACGUGUGCUUGACUCCUUCACAGCUAAACUGAAUGCAUUGCAAGUUGCUGUAGAAACUGCUAAUCUCGCACUGGAUGUGCAAUAUAUAAUUCAAGAUACGAACUGACAUGCAUUCUAUCCAGUAUGGAAUGAAAACCGUGAAUGAAUGCUGUUUUUUAUUUUUCAAACAUUAUAUUCAGUUCAGACACUAGAUGUUAGCAUUGUCUUGAGUGAAAAUCUGAUUGAAACCUUUUGUAAGUCAUUGUGAAGGACUUGUCUGUAUCCUGUUGUUUUAAGUGUUAUCUUGUAAUUAUCUUGUGAUUUACCUUUGUGAAAUUGUUAAAUUCCAGCUCCUAGAGAAGUUAUCAGACAAACUCCUUGUUUCCAAUUUCCACACUUUUUGUCACAUCAAAACUGAUGAUUCUAAACCUGAUGACUGGCAUGAAACAACCUGACAUCUAAACAAAUACAACCCUCAGGUAGUGUUCCACGAUGAUGCCUUAUUCUCAGUGUUUCAGGAUGGUCAUUGUCUGAUGAAAUCUGAAGUUCCAUUCAGUGUAAUGAGGUGUGUUAUAUUUAAACUCAUUUCAUGCAUCUCAUGCAGUUUGAAUAUGUAAUAUUUGCAUAAAAACAAAAACUUCUGCUUAACACAAAA